AUGGGGACUAUCACCUAUGCUCUGGAUACGCCGUUAAGUCGGAGUCCAGUAGUUGCAGUGACUGUUCUCGGUGCCAUUACGACAAUAACCACGAUUUUGCGGUUUGUUGCGCUGCAUUUAAGACGAGUAAGCCUCGGGCACCCGAAGUAUCUCAUCGUCGGGGCAUUAAUAACAAUUGUCUACGUGGACAUCGCCAUUGUGUUCAUUCUUACCAUCGUUGGAGGCGCAGGUCGAAAAGUUACCGAUACUGACCCGUCGUCGGUCAUCAUUACGCUGAAGACAAUCUUGCCUCUCGAAGCUCUAUAUGGAAUUGUGCUGGGAUUGAUCAAGUCUUCUAUCAUGCUCUUUUACUUGCGUAUCUUUGGCACCAAGAAAAGUUCUCGAAUUAGCAUCUUGGUCACAAUGACUAUAGUUUGGAUGUGGGCAGUCAGCGUGAUUCUGGAGACGUUUCUUCUUUGUCGUCCUUUGGCAUACAACUGGGAUACCUCCAUUGCUGGGACUUGUGGCAAUCGCAACGCGACAUAUGUUAUUGCGGGAACGCUGAACCUGAUCACUGAUCUGAUGGUGAUGGCGCUUCCGAUUCCUCACAUAUGGAAACUCCAGCUCUCACUUUCCAAGAAAAUCGCUCUAUGCGGUGUGUUCAGCGUGGGCUUGCUGGUCUCAAUUAUCAGCAUCAUUCGUCUUAAGUCGCUGAUGGAUAUUGACUUCUCCGACAUCACAUAUUCGGUCCAGAUGGGAGUUAUGUGGACCACGAUCGAGCCCGAGCUCGCCAUAAUUUGCGCAAAUAUGCCUUUUCUAAAAACCAUCUUGUCAAGAAUGGUUCCUGGUUUAUUCUCAACCGGACGUUCCAAGCAGAGUGCUUCUGGUCAACAAACAUUUGAAAGACUCGAGGAGCAGCAGUCGAACAAUAUUUAUCCGAUGAAUCGAAUCGGCCACCUAGCAGUUCGCACAAAUAUCUCCAGCGCGAAUACUACGGAAUCGCAAAGAGGC